GUCACUCUCUGACUCCUCCUCCUUCAUCACCCAAUCUCCCAUCACCUCAUGUCUUGUUGUUAGGUUCUUUCGAGUAAAAUUUUUCGCGGAUCGUCGGCGUGUUUUUUGACGUUUAAUUUUUAGGGUUAAUUUAAAGAAAAAUGCCGCCUAAGAAGGACGCAAAGGGCUCGUCCAAACAGCCACAAAAAACCCAAAAGAAGAAGGAGGGAGGAUCUGGCGGCAAAGCCAAGAAGAAGAAGUGGUCCAAAGGAAAAGUCCGUGAUAAGUUAAACAACCAAGUUCUUUUCGACAAAGCAUCAUAUGACAAAUUGUUAAAAGAAGUUCCAUCCUACAAGCUUAUUACCCCAUCUGUUGUCAGUGAACGGUUGAAGGUUCGUGGAUCAUUAGCAAGAAAGGCUUUAGAUGAAUUGUGUCAAAAAGGUCUUAUCAAGCAAGUGAUACAACACCAUGCCCAAGUAAUUUACACAAGGGUAACUAAAGGGGAUGAAUAAGGACAUUUUGUAUAAUAAUUAUUUUAUUGAAUAUAAAAACAGUUAAAACAAAAAAAAAAACGAGUUUUUAAUUUAAUUUGUAUAAAAGAUUGGUAAGCUAAUAACUAACAAGUAAGUCAAGUGUAAAAUAUACAUACUUAUAACUUCAGCAA